AAUCUACCUUGAUUAAUCCGAACAAGAACCGAACAACCGGCACCGCUUGAUUGGUACAAAAUAAACAAUACAAACAAAAGCAAACUUGUCUUGUCGCCAUUUCCAUUUCUUUCCCCAAUCCUCAAUUCUCAUAUACCCUAUUUUCAUUUAAUUAAUUAAUUAAUUUAUCUCUUUCACUUCCUCUUCUUCAUUUCUUCAACCAUAAUUAUCAUCAUUUUUUUUUAAUUCAUGUUCUUACCCGAGUCAUUACCGACUCACUGAGUCACCUCACCUUGCCUCGCCUUAUCGAAUCGUCUUCCGAAAUUCAAUUCACCAUGUCGACGACAAGGUCUCCGAGCCGCUCCUCCGAAGACAUCGUCGAUUCGACGCCGUUUCUUCCCAAUUCCGGCGCCUCCUCUGACGAAAACAACUCCGGCCGUCGAGUCGUUCGUCGACAGAGGCUUCUCCAAGCGGCGCGGUUCCUCCGGCAAGCGAGCGGGAGGAGAAUGAUGCGCGAGCCCUCGGUUGUUGUCCGUGAAGCUGCGGCGGAGCAAUUGGAGGAACGGCAAAGUGAUUGGGCUUAUUCCAAACCCGUAGUGAUUCUCGACAUUGUUUGGAACUUUGCGUUCGUUGUUGUUGCUACAACCGCUUUGUUUCUGAGCAGUAAUGAAUCGCCGGAAAUGCCUCUUAGAUUGUGGAUUGUUGGUUACGUUCUGCAAUGCGUUCUUCAUAUGGUUUGUGUUUGUUUUGAGUAUAGAAGACGGAGAAGGUUUCAACGUUCAUCUUCUGCUGUAGCCGUAGCAGGUUCUGAUAGGGUUGGUACUAGCAGUGGGAAUUUGAGUUCAGCUUCUCCUUCUGUUUCUGGUUCAAGUUAUGUUUCGUUGGCGCAAUUUGAAGAAGAGGGUACAAGUGUUGCAAAGCAUUUGGAAUCAGCCAAUACUAUGUUUUCAUUUAUUUGGUGGAUUAUUGGAUUCUACUGGGUAUCAGCUGGUGGUCAAACUUUAUCCCAAGAUUCUCCUCAGCUUUACUGGUUAUGUAUAAUCUUUCUUGGUUUUGAUGUUUUCUUUGUCGUUUUCUGUGUUGCGCUGGCCUGUAUAAUUGGUAUCGCUGUUUGCUGCUGUCUUCCAUGUAUCAUUGCACUUCUUUAUGCUGUUGCAGACCAGGAAGGGGCAUCAAAGGAAGACAUUGAGCAAUUGUCAAAAUUCAAAUUCCGAAAAGUUGAAAGUAAUGAGAAGCAAACUGGUAAUACCGAAGAACCUGGUGGAGGAGUAAUGACUGAAUGCCGGGCUGAUUCACCUGUUGAACAUGUUCUUGCUGAAGAGGAUGCGGAAUGUUGCAUCUGCCUUUCCCCUUACGAUGACGGAGUUGAACUACGAGAACUUCCUUGUGGUCACCAUUUUCACUGUGCCUGUGUGGAUAAAUGGCUGUAUAUAAACGCCACAUGCCCCCUCUGCAAGUAUAACAUUUUGAAAAGUAGUAGCCUCGGUGAAGAGGGAGUGUAGAUGAUCUCCGAGAAGUUUAUAGAUGCAUAAUAGGCUCAACUUGUCAAUACAGUUCAAUACAGGCCUAUAUACAAUUGUCCUUGUUGUUGCUGCUUUGUGCUGUAAUCAUGUAGUGAUAGUUAGUUGCUUUGUUUAUUGGUAGUUAUUGUGGCUUCUAACUGGUUGUGUAUAUCAGCGCUUGUUCAAGUGCGCUCAGGCGAUAAUUUUCUUAAGAGCCACAAUUCGGUUGUCAAUUUCUUAUUUUAUUUAUUAUUUUUAUUGUUGAGAUUA